UACCCUACGUAGCUACACUGAGCCUUAUCUCUUGCGUAGAGCCACCGACUGCGCGCGGCGCGACAUCGAUUUUUCCACUAAACAAGCCAUUCCAAACCAUCAGUGACAUUACAAACACGUUUUGCUCAAUACCCGAGACGUUCUCAAUGUGUUUAUCGAAAUAAAAACUUGUGAUAAUGUGAAUUUGCCUGAAAAAAUAAUGAACGCGCCCCUCUCCGCUACAGGGUGUAAUGGCCGCACAAAAUAAAGCGGAGAGUGGAAGUGAGGAGAUGCCGGCAGCAGACCCUGGCACGGAGCAGAAGGAGAGGCUCAUCGCGGCCGUCAAGAAGGAGGUCAAGCAGCUUAUGGAAGAGGCUGUGACCCGCAAAUUCGUGCAUGAAGAAAGUGGUGGUGUGACAGCACUUUGUGGAGCGGUGGAGGCCUGCCUCGGACAGGGGUUGAGGCGACGAGCACUCGGGCUCUUCAAGACCAGCUCUACUACUGCCCUUCUACAUAAGAUUGCUAAGAAUUGCCCGGAAGCGGCACUGGUGUCGGCGCGCGUGCUGGCCGCGGAGGGUGCGCCAGCGACGCGAUCGGCGUCUGGCGUAGAGCGUCGGCCCUCGGCGCCGCGACCGCCACUCAGCAAACGGGGCUCCGGGUCGCUGCUGUCGUCAGCACCGCCUGCGCCGCAGUCACGAUACCUGUGGAUACGGAUAGCCCUCUUCGAGAGACAGUUGGCAAAGAUCAUCGAGCACCUGGUGAACAACGCCACCAGGUACUACGAGCGGGACGCGCUGGUAGCGGACCCUGACUACGGGAGCAUCCUCAGCUCGUUGCUCGUCGGACCCUGCGCCCUGGAGUACUCCAAGGCCAAAGCACCUGCUUGCUUCUGGACUGAUCCGCCGGCUGACGAAUUGGUUCAGAGACACAGGAUGUCUGCUGGCACGACAACUCCACCGUCGGUUCGGAGACCAAUUCUGAACUUCAGAAGGAGCUUAAAUGCUUCUUCUGACGAUGGCAGUGCUAUUACUACAGGUACUGGCAACGCUAGUGCUUCAGGUGCCAAAGACUACGUGGAGAGUCUACAUCAGAAUUCCCGUGCAGCGUUGCUUUACGGCAAAAACAAUGUUCGAGUGCAGCCCAAAGACGUAGAGGAACCAAUGCCUGGUUACCUGAGUCUUCAUCAGACUGCUGCGGGGCUGAUCAUAAAGUGGACGCCAAACCAACUCAUGAAUGGAUAUGCUGAAAGCGAAGGAAUUGACAAAAGUAUCCGCUGCCACCUAGUGCACUCGUCAGCGUGCCAAAACACCUGUAUUCUGUGCAGCAUGAGCCCACUGUGCACCGUCUACCGCAGUCGGUGCGCCGGCCCACUGUGCAUUGAUUGCGUGUACUGGGCGAUGUCCCUACAAGUGUGUGUGUGGGAGGUGGUGUACGUGCAUGUCCAUCGCUCGGCCUCCAGCGACGCCCUCAUCCUCGUGGGGCAGGACGGCGUGCAGCGACCUCCCAUACAUUUCCCCAAAGGAGGUAACCUGUUGUCAUUCUUGAGCAAUCUGGAAACGGGACUUCUGCCUCACGGACAAUUAGAUCCUCCACUCUGGUCACAACGGGGCACUGGAAAGGUGUUUGGCCGUGGCAAGCCUCGUCGGCGGCCCAUGCCGAGCCUUUGCGAGAGCGGGGAGGCCGAAGAGCCGGACUGGGAAGAAGUAGCCGGUGACUACGUGUUCCGGAUUGUCAACAACGCUAUCACUGAUAGAGAAGCCAUGCGCCAUUCGCUUCUGGAGCGCGCCGUGCACUCUCCGCCGCGCACCCCGCGCCGCCCGCUGGCGUCCACAUCCACCACGUCAUCAGACUCCUCAACCAUGUCCGUGGACUGUCCGCAAUCAGCUGGGCUCAACGGUCACCCUCCCCUCACACCGGUCCCACAAGUGCAUCACCCGGUGGAACAGUCAGCGUCAAUAGAGCUAGUGUGCAGCACGAUGCGGCGGCAGAUCAUCUCGAGAGCGUUCUACGGCUGGCUGGCUUACUGCCGGCACCUGUCCACUGUCAGGACUCACCUCAGUGGCCUCGUGAAUCCCAACAUCGUGCCCAGAGAAGGUGCUGAAGCUGGCCUAACAGAGGAAGUAUGGCGGUCAAUGAUGGACGAUGAAGGCAUCCUGAGUGACAAAGAUGAAGUUUAUCGGCUCGUCUACUACGGCGGCGUCCAACACGACAUCAGGAAAGAAGUGUGGCCGUAUCUACUUGGAUAUUAUGAAUUCGGUUCAACAGCAGAGGAGAGGACAGAGCAGGAUGCGGCAUGUCGUCGCCAGUACGAGACGACGAUGUCGGAGUGGCUUUGUGUGGAGGCUAUCGUGAGGCAGCGCGACCGGGAAGCCACCGCCGCCUCCAUAGCCAGACUUACUGAAGCUUCAGGAAAACCUAAGCCAGUUGAGGUUGAACCGGAGGUAUUCGAAGACGACUGCAGCGUCAUAUCAGACAACCCACCGGUUGUAUCGCCGGAGCCAAGCGAAAACGAACAGAAGAAACCCGACAACAAACCAAUCUUGUCUCGAGCACCGAGCAUAGACGAGGUUGAGAACAUAGAGAUGGACUCAGAAAAGGAGAAGGAAGAUACGAUAGUUAACGGAGAGACUGAGACGGGUGAUAGUAGGGAAAUAGAUAUAGACAGUCUAAAAGACUUAGAUGACGAUGAAGAAAUACAUAUAAAGAGUGUAGUACAAAAUCCAGAUUUGAGAAGAGAAAGUAUAGCGGAGAUUAAGAGGCUAGCAGAGAACAUAGUACAAAAGGGAGAAGGGAGAGGGCUACUGUGUAGCAUGGAUAGUGGAAACACGAACUUUAAUGGCAGUGAUAUGAGAUCGUCCUUGGAUGAAAGUCAGCCAAGUCCACAUGAGCAACGCACAAGCGUAAUUAUAACAAACCCUUCAGUGGAUCUGGCUGCUGGUGGAUCACCAGCCUCUGGCGGUACAACAGCCAAUGUAAGCCCAGCCCGCAGUCCUCUGGGAGUGGUUCGAGAGGAGUCUCACUCGGCUGGAGCAUCGUUUGAUACUCUCGAGCCAAGUAAUGCUGAUCCUCGACCACCGAACCGGUCAAAUUGUGCUUCGCCUGCUAGCUCUAAUGGCGGCGUUUAUUCUAAUGAAUUAGUGGAAAGCUUCGCACUCAAUUUGCAUCGUAUAGAGAAGGAUGUACAAAGAUGCGAUAGAAACUACCCUUUCUUCACAGAUGAAAAUCUUGACAAAUUAAGGAAUAUUAUGUGCACAUUCGUAUGGGAGCACUUGGACAUGGGCUAUAUGCAAGGGAUGUGCGACCUGGCGGCGCCGCUGCUGGUCAUGAUGAAGGAGGAGGCUGCUGCGCACGCGUUGUUCGCGCGCCUCAUGGGCCGGGCGAGGGAUAACUUCCCGUCGGGGCAGGCAAUGGACGCACACUUUGCUGAUAUGCGGUCCCUGAUCCAGAUCCUGGACUGCGAGUUGUACGAGCUGAUGCACGCGCACGGUGACUACACGCACUUCUACUUCUGCUACCGCUGGUUCCUGCUCGACUUCAAGCGAGAACUGCUCUAUCAAGACGUAUUUGCGGCAUGGGAGCUGAUCUGGGUGGCUCGCCACGUAGCCUCAGAACACAUGGUGCUGUUUAUAGCGCUGGCCCUGCUCGAGACCUACCGUGAUGUCAUCCUCGCCAACACCAUGGACUUUACUGACAUCAUCAAGUUCUUUAACGAAAUGGCUGAACGACACGAUGCAGCCGCAGUACUGUCUCUCGCAAGGGAUCUCGUGCUUCAAGUUCAGACUCUGAUCGAGAACAAAUAGAAGCCAGAUUCUGAUACAAAGCUACGAAGUUACUGAUCAUCGAAAUGAUUUAUUUAGUACGAUGAAGUAUUUAGCAAAAUUGUAAAAAAGAUUAGAAAAAAUAAAAUAAAACUUAUUUUCAAAAUUAUAGUAGGAAAUUUUAUAAUUAUACAGUAUGAAAAAUAAAAAAAAUAGGUGAUUAAUUUUUAGAUACUUUUUCAAUACUUAACUGAAAAAAAUAUUUAAUUUCCAAAGCUCAAAGAUAAUAGUUAUUUUUAAAAACAUGAAUUUUCAGAAUUUAAUUCUUAAAAAAAUUAACCUGAUGUUAACAUUUGGUGUAGUGUAUUAUUGGAAAAAGUAAGGAUCAAUUAGAGAUACUGAAUAUCAAUUUGGAAACAGGAAUAUAACUCAAGAUAUGGAUAGAGAAUAUGUUAAAACUCAAAGUAUGAAAACUCAGUGUAUUAAUUCAUAAUGAUGACAGAAUAAUAUGCAUUAUGAAAAAUACAUACCUAUAGGUAUCGAUACUGAAAUAAAAAGUUGUAGAGAAUGAAACAUACUUUCGAAAGAUAUCAUCAUCAAAUAAACCAAUUUAUAAGAAAUACCUACUAGCUCUCGAAUUGUCACUUCGUUUCUCACAAUUUAUAUGUAGUACAAUUACUCUACCUAGGUAGUACUCGAUAUAUUUCGAAAUUACGUUUCAGGCUCACUACAGGGAUGGCAGUGGGUGGUUAUAAUCUUUGUGUACUUAAGUAUACUUAUUUUUCCAUUAUCACUGACUACAGACUUACUUAUGACAUCUUAAACUGAAUAACAUAAUUAUUGAAGUAAAUAUUCUAAGCCUGCACAUUGUACCUAUUCAACAUAGGUAUCCUACCUUCAAGAAAAGUUCAAUCCUACCUAUUGUAUAUAAAACUUACCUAUGGCAUCAUAUCCUUAUAAUAUCAAUACCUUCUUCCUCCCGUGCCUUGCCCUCGAUAUCACAAGUAUCCAGAUAACUUAUAUUAAAUUAUAUUAAUUAUAUAAAUAUAAAGAACUAUAUUCGUUAUAUGUCCACGCUUCUUGUAUUUCGUCCAAGCAUACGUGACAUCUGAAGUACAAUUAUGAGCUAAUUUUAUUUACAAGAUCCUCUCUUAUACAUAUUUUAACAUAAAAUAAAUAUAAAUAGGAUAUUAUAUUUGUUAUAUAUAGUUUUAUUGUUAGCGCUUCCAAACGACACUAAAGAUCUUGGAUCUAAAUGUUAUUAUAUCUUUACAGUACACAUGAUAUCGUUUUAAAAUAUAUUUAUUAUGUAUAUAAAAUGAGUUUCGACUAAAAUAUACAACCCUCAACUUAUCUCUAGGUAUAAAAUAAAAUAGACGAAAAUUAUAUUUAUUUACGGUUUUAUUGAGUAUAAUAGCUCCUAUAUUAUAUUCUGAUAUGUCUUUAUCAAUAAAUUUAUAUGUAUACUUACUGUAAUAUUGUUAAGGCUUUUUAGAUGUUCUGUGCUGACAGUUCGAAACCUAAACGUUAAUGUAUGUGUGAUAUAUACGCUUAUAUUGUCCUCCCAACACAAAUCUAUUUCUGUUUUAUAACGGGCCUAAAGUCCAAAAUAAUGUUUAAGCUAAGCUUUACAUCCCUCACUGUGUUAUGAACACAUGUAAGUGUCAAACGUAGUUAAAUGUUAAAGUAACAUCAAAUACAAGAUCUAUUUAAUUUAUAAAUAUUUUGAAUAUUAAUGUUUGUACGAAUAUAAUGUAAUGACCAUUUUGAAUUCUUUGUUGCCUGUGGUCUGUAGUCGUUUCACGGAGUCUUACUUACUAAAGGCCUUUGAAAUCAAGUCAAAAUUAAGAUCAUAUAGUAGGUACAAGGUAUUAAGUAAAUAUCUUGUAAAUAGCUGUAGUAUCUAAAUACCUACUAUGUAUAACUGUCAAACAGCAUCUAUGUGUGAACUGAAUACCUUCUUAUGCAUUUUGAAAAUUUAACCCAAGCAAGACCUGAUUACAAAAAAAAUAUUGAUCUACUUUUUCUUGCUACGUUCUUUAGUGAUUAUAAUAAAUAUCUGCUCGAUAGGACUUUCACGACUAGGCUACAGGACCGCAGGUAUCAAAGGUUUUUUAAUAAUUCGCACUUGUUACUUAAGAAUGAAAUAAAAUGAAAUGUUUCAGUGUACAGUCGUGUAGAUUAGUUUAAAUAUAAAACGUCAUUGCAACUUCA